UCAGGGAAACGGCUGCUAUGGAGCCAGUCACGUUUGAAAUGCUGGCUGUGUAUUUCACCAAAGAGCAGUGGGCUCUGCUGGACCCUGCUCAGACAGCCCUCUACAAGGAGGUGAUGCUGGAGAACUAUGCAACGGUGGCCUCGCUGGGAUUUCUGAUUUCCAAGCCCAGCCUGAUCUCCCGACUGGAGCAAGGGGAGGAGCUGUGGGUCCAGGCCUGGCAGAACUACAAGGAAAGGGAGAUCCCAGGAGACUCCAGCCCAGGUGAUGAUCUGAUGAGUGAGAGCGAGGAGGAUCCCCAGCAAGAAGACUCUGAGCAUGUAGCACUGCAUGGAGAAGCACCAGGAAGGAACAAAGGGGCUGUUUCGCAGAGCCUGGAGCUCGGAGGAGACUGUGAGAGUCAGGCUAGGGCAGGAAGACAGCAGGAAAACCAGCUGGAGAAAAGGAGUGAAUCCCCUCACAAGAGCAGAGUCAAAAAAAUCAGAAAGACUCCUCCGAAAAGACUACCCACUGGGGAUAGAGCUGACACCGGCAGUGACCCAUGGGGAAGCUUUCACUGUAGGGCCACCCUUCAUCUUCACCCAAGCCCUGACAUGGGGGAGAGGACCAACAAGUGCCUGGACUGUGGGAAGAGCUUCAGCAAAGGCUCAGCUCUCAACCUUCACCAGAGAAUCCACCUGGGGCAGAAACCCUACAAGUGCGGUGAAUGCGGGAUUGGCUUCACGCAGAGCCACCACUUCCUCUCCCACCAGCAUGUCCACACAGGGGAGAGGCCCUACACCUGCCCUGACUGUGGGAAGAACUUUGGCCAAAGCUCCCACCUGGCGAUCCACCAGCGCAUCCACACGGGUGAGAAGCCAUACGCCUGCCCCACCUGCGGAAAGCGCUUUGGUGACCGCUCACACUUCAUCACCCACCAGCGUUCACACACGGGGGAGAAGCCGUACCGAUGCCCCACCUGUGGGAAAAGCUUCGGGCGGCACUCCUACCUCCUCCUACACCAGCGCACGCACACCGGGGAAAGGCCCUACAAGUGCCCAGACUGCAGGAAGGGCUUCAGCGACAAAUCCCACUUCAAUACACGCCAACGUAUCCACACAGGUGAGCGGCCCCAUGCCUGCCCAAGCUGUGGCAAGUGCUUUGGUGACCGCUCGCACUACAACAAGCACCAGCGCAUCCACACAGGCGAGAAGCCCUACCAGUGCCCUGAGUGCGGGAAGCACUUCCGCUGCCGCUCAGACCUGGUUAUCCAUCAACGCAUCCACACGGGGGAGAAGCCCUACCCAUGCCCUGACUGCGGGAAGGGCUUCAGCCAGAACUCACACCUGAUUUCCCACCAGCGCAUCCACACGGGGGAGAGGCCCUACAAGUGUCCUGAGUGUGGGAGAGGCUUCACACAGAGCCCGCACCUCAUCUCACAUCAGAGGACCCAUGCAGGAGUGAAACCCCACAAGUGUCCUGAUGGCAAGUGGGUGAAAGCCCUCUGUGGGAACAAGAUGCAGGAGAACCAUGAGACUAUGGCCUCGCUGGCUGAUGGGAGGGAGAACAAGGAGAUUACUCAGCAAGAAGGACCUGAGCAAGUGGAACUACGCAGGGCAGAAGUGAGAGUUGCUGAAAGGGAUGCUUCCCAGGCAGUGCGGUUGGAAGGGGUCCCUGAAAAUCAGUGCAAGCCCAAGAGACUGGAAGGAAACUGCGUAGGGGAGAAACAGGGAAAAUGCACUCAGAAGAGCAAAGGGCUCAGGAAGCUGAAUGGCCCUGUCCAGGGGAGAGUCCCCGGUGGAGAUGGGCCCACCAUAUGCAGUGACUGUGGGAGGAACUUCUAUUGCCGGUCCGCGCUGGUGACUCACCAGCGCAUCCACACUGGGGAGAAGCCCUACCAGUGCCUGGACUGUGAGAAGAGUUUCCGCCGGAGCUCGCACCUCAUCUCGCACCAACGCACACACACGCGAGAGAGACCCUACCGCUGCCCCGACUGUGGGAAGAGCUUCAACCAGAAAUCCAACCUCCUCAUCCACCAGCGCAUCCACACAGGAGAGCGGCCCUACCAGUGUCCUGAGUGUGGAAAGAGCUUCAGCUACAGGUCAGUCCUGAUCAUACACCAGAAAACCCACACGGGCGAGAAGCCCUACAAGUGUCCUGACUGCGGGAAGAUCUUCAGCCAGAGCUCAGACCUCACCAAGCACCAGCGCGUCCACACGGGCGAGAAGCCGUAUGCCUGCACCGAGUGCGGGAAGAACUUCAGCCUGAACUCACACCUCCUCUCGCACCAGCGCACCCACGGAGGGGAGAAACCCUACACCUGCCCCGACUGUGGCAAAAGCUUCAACGACAGCUCCAACCUCAUCACCCACCAGCGCAUCCACACGGGGGAGAAGCCCUAUAAGUGUCCUGACUGUGGGAAGAGCUUUGGGAGGCUCUCACACCUUCACAGGCACCAGAGGACUCACACAGGGGAGAAACCCUACACGUGCCUGGACUGUGGGAAGAGCUUCAGCGAGAGCUCAUCCCUGAUUAGGCACCAGAGAGUCCAUAUCUGAAGUGGGGGGAAUGUCAGGGGGAGUCCCUGAAGGAUGAGGGCACACAACAGGUCCUCUCCAGAGCAUUCUCAAAUGACUUCCUAGGGCUAGGAACAGACGUUGCAUUUGUCCUAGCACAAGGUGUGCCUGUGCUUGUCCUAGAGCAGAAAUAUCCAGGGAUUGACAAGAACACACAUUACCCUUCCAAUCAGGGUUCAAUGAGCAGUUGAAUGCAUUGUCACUCUUCUGCCAUUGAUGCACAGGCUAACUGUUCAGACACAUUUUGUGAUGUCCUAAGACAAACUGUUAGCACUUCUUAUUCCAUGAACCUUUUUAGGACAGCGGACAUGGAUUUCUGACUAUUGUGCUUUUCCUGGAAUAAAAUGACUUCUCCUGGGACAAAUGCGUUAUUUGUUUGCAACCUAAGAAAACAAAGCAGACGUGGGACACACAGCAUUUUCUCCCAAGGGAAUGCUCUUCUCUGCAAUAAAGUUAUUUCUGAGGAAAUCAGAAGUUAAUUUAUUCUGGAGAAAGUUGCUCUAGUGUAUGGGUCAUGCACCCACUACUGCUGGCAAUUUCAGGAGCCUAUUUGCUCAAUACAAACCCAUUUCCCCACCACCUAGGGGCUGCAGUCGUGUCUACUUCAGGCAGCCAGGUUGGAAGAGCUGCUUGUAUGUAUGCUCCUUACUUUGGAGUAAAUUUACUGCAGGGUAAAAUUCAGGGGAAAUUACAGUAAGCUUACCAUGUCUCCACACCCUAAGCAUCCCAUUCGUGAUGGCAAAGUAAAUAAUACUUCUGCCAGUUCCCACACAUAUCAGACAGUCAGGCAAGCCUGGAGAAGCCACCUAGCCUCCAAGAUGCUUCUUAGGGCAAAUAAUAAUUGUUGCCUUCCUGGACCAGAGUGGUGUAGAGCACAAGAUCACAGCAGGAUUCCUGUGUGGUGGAAUGGAUUGGUGGAUGAUGAUGACUGCUUUUGAGAAGCUCUCUGCAUUGCCUGUUCAGCUCCUGCGCUUACGGUUGGUGCUUCUCCCAUGCAACUACCUUUAUCAAAUAUGCUGUGGCUUCUGUUUUGUUCUUCGUUGUAUCUUAGGUAAUAAUAAUAAUAAUAAUACCUUAAGGGGAAAGAGCAAACUCAACAGGAGUAGGAAUGUGACAUCCUGAGCUGGCUCCUUGGCAGUGUUGGAGAUGAAGGUUGACUUUUGACUUCCUUAUUUUGCAAAAAGGAGAAAUAAGGUGAAUCCAAAUGACUUCAGACUCUCAGAAUCUUAUCUGAGACAAGAAUAUCAAGAUGGGCCUUUCUGAGGUGUGGUGACACCUCCAAAGAAGUCUGUAUAUGGGUAUAUUUUGAACCAUGCAGCCUAGGGUCUAGCAACUGUAGUUACACUGGAAUUCUGCUCUUUAUACCCUGUAGUUACCAUGAAUUGAUAGACACGGAGCAUGGAAUUCUGUUUUCCUUCUCAUGAUUUUAGAUGUGUAACUACUCCUUAUAUGCAGGCAGCAAUCCUGUUUUCCUAGCAGUAUAGACACAUAAGUGAGUGUACAUAGAGUAAGCAUGUGCAGUAGGCUGUACACUGGCCAAGCACAUGUGCAGCUACAUACACAUGCCCCUUGUAGAUGCUUGCCAGUGUCUAAAGCACUGGUUCUCAACUUUUUCAGACUCAGGGCUCCCCUCAUUAGACUCAAGACACCCCUCAGAAAA